ACAACCGGCGAGUCACUGAGGACAGAGCUUUUAUUGCACGGGCCGCCUCAUUCCACCGAGGCCUGCUCCUCCGACACGAGUUGCUCACAUGCCCAGUCCCCUGCGUCGGUAUGGAAGACUGAAGAAGAUCAAUUUCCCGGCAGGGACCGGCCUCUGUCAGGCAUAAAUCUCAGUCCGUUAUGCUCGCCCAUUGUCCUACAACUACGCUACACAGGCUCCCCACCCAACACACAAAUAGCUCCUACAUGA